AUGGGAUGGGGCACCAUCCUAUUGCUUCUGUACUUUAUCACGACAACCAGUGCCGUCAGACAGGUCACCGUACCCGGCGAGAUCGUACUCGGCGGACUUUUUCCAAUUCACGAAGCAGGUAGAAACGGGUCCCAUUGUGGGAAAAUCAAGGCCGAUCAAGGCGUUCAACGCAUGGUUGCUAUGCUGUACGCGCUGGAGAAGAUUAACCAGGACCAUACCAUACUGCCGCAAGCGAGUCUCGGAGCGCAGAUUCUUGACACCUGGUAA